AUGUCGAAACCUUCAAUUGGGAAUUAUAAUAUGGAGGAGGAACUGAGGUGUCCGAUUUGCAAGCAAUUGUAUGUGAAUCCAGUACUUUUGCCGUGCUAUCAUGCAGUGUGUCUAGCAUGUGCACUGGAUAAUCAGACGCCAGCGACAACUGUUGGAAAUGCAGCCGCAGUAAAUGGUACAGCUACUGGGUCCACGACAACAAUAAAUCAUCCAUCAUUACAUCUUCUCCAACAACAUUCCCAAUCGUCGUCAUCGUCUGUUAGUACAGGCAGCUCGAGUGCAACUGAAAGUGUCUCAAGUGAUCAAGAUCAAGCGGAUAAAGUCAGUAUUUUGAGUGAGGCAGAUUCUGGUGUCAUUUGUUAUAAUUCACGUCCAAACUCAUACGCUGGAACACCAAAUCUACAAGGAUUAUUAUUUCCACCAUCUGGAUCCGUUUAUUCACUUGCAUGUCCACUUUGUCGUAAAAUUGUAUUUUUUGACGAAUCUGGUGCACGAAAUCUGCCCGCUUAUCGAACAAUGGAAUCAAUUGUCGAUCGGUUCUGUGAACGCGAAGCAUUAAGAUGUCAAAUGUGUGACACGAGUACACCGCGAGUCGCAUCUGUUGUAUGCGAACAAUGUGAAAUCAGAUAUUGUGAUCAGUGUCGCGAUUCGUGUCAUCCAAUGCGUGGACCAUUGGCAAAACACAUUUUAACGAGACCCCGUGGUGCAUCGCAAGUUCGUGAAAGUAUUUGUAUAGAACAUUCCGAAUCAUUGACAAUGUUUUGCUUGGGAUGUAAAUUGCCGACGUGCAGUCAAUGUUUAAAUGAGCAGCGCCACAAUUCACACGAUGUACAGCCUAUUUCACAAAUAUGUAAAGCACAGAAGAUUACGGCAACUGCAAUGAGCUCAACCAUAUGUGCAUCUUUAUGGGACAUGUUUGGUGGUCAGUUUGGAUUGGGAUUUGACUCUUUAGGUAGUUUAAGUGGUAAAGCGUUGGCUCUACUAGCUAAAUAUCCUGAGAUGGGGAUUGCCAUGGAAGGCACGGGUUUAGCAUCUCUGAAAGACUGUAAGCUAGAUAAGUAUGGUCAAAUUGCAUUAUUAGCAUUUAUAAAUAGUCAACAGCUGUCAAUAUUCGCUCCAUUGUAUGAUCUAAUAAUCAAAUUGAACUAA